AUGGGUCAUCCCGAAAACAAGCUGGGAGCAAACAGGACCGAGGCCCAGCUGAGCAAAACUCGUGUAACCCACGCUGCUGCCGGCGCUGUGGUCACCCCAAGCCCGCUGUGCCCCGAGGCCCCGGCGCUGUGGUCACCCCAAGCCCGCUGUGCCCCGAGGCUGUGCCGGCGCUGUGGUCACCCCAAGCCCGCUGUGCCCCGAGGCCCCCGGCGCUGUGGUCACCCCAAGCCCGCUGUGCCCCGAGGCCCCCGGCGCUGUGGUCACCCCAAGCCCGCCGUGCCCCGGGGCCCCCGGCGCUGUGGUCACCCCAAGCCCGCUGUGCCCCGAGGCCCCCGGUGCUGUGGUCACCCCAAGCCCGCCGUGACCCGAGGCCCCCGGCGCUGUGGUCACCCCCAAGCCCGCUGUGCCCCGAGGCUGGGCCUGGGCUACGCGAACCCCCGCGGCUCAGGGAAGACGCGUGUGGACCGGGUGACCCGGGAUGCAUGGCAGGGGCAGCGGGGACCCGGGGGCACCGCGCCGGCUCCUCCAUCUUCAGGAGACAAGCAGAGCGCGAGCCGCGUGGGAGCCCGAGCCGGGAGCCCAACUCCAGAGCCGCGUGGGAGCCCGAGCCGGGAGCCCAACUCCAGAGCCGCGUGGGAGCCCGAGCCGGGAGCCCGACUCCAGAGCCGCGUGGGAGCCCGAGCCGGGAGCCCGACUCCAGAGCCGCGUGGGAGCCCGAGCCGGGAGCCCGACUCCAGAGCCGCGUGGGAGCCCGAGCCGGGAGCCCGACUCCAGAGCCGCGUGGGAGCCCGAGCCGGGAGCCCGACUCCAGAGCCGCGUGGGAGCCCGAGCCGGGAGCCCGACUCCAGAGCCGCGUGGGAGCCCGAGCCGGGAGCCCGCACCAGCCGCACCCGGCGGCCCCAGCGCCCCGCACAGGCCGAGCGCUCGUGA